GGAAAAGCGGAAAAGGAGGCAGGUAAACACAAGCGUGUAAUGUUAAAAAAUAAUAUAGCUUAAGGCUUUAACUGCUAUUUUAUUAUUUUUAAAAUGGCGAAAGAGAAUUUUGAAAAAGAUGGAGCCAUGAUGGAGAAUACGUUUCCAAUAUACAAGGUGGACGCCAUCGUGCAGUUUUUUCGAACUGAAGUCUUGACAGGACAAGAGGCGAAACAUUUUGCAAAAAGUGAUGUUACUCCUAAUCCAAAGGCGGAUGUCAUCCAGAGACUGUACAUGAGAAUACUGCAGCUUGUGUAUCGCUUCAGGCCUGAGUGCCAUUACCUGGCACCUCUGUCAGAAAAUCUCCAAUACCCAAUGUUACAUGAGUGGUCCACACCAGUCUUGAGUCUCUAUGUAUGCAUGUGCCAGUUUUUGCCAGUGUGCCAUGUGUAUGACUUUUCACUGAAUGACCUGCUUAAUCCUAAGCCCAAAAGAACAAUCACUAUUUUGAGUGGAAUCCAAAAUUUCCUGCACUUUAGGAAACAGAGGUUGGAAAUAAUUGCAGGCCAUCAGCAGGCUUUUCGUGCAGAUAUGGAUAAACUUCAGUAUUGCACAAAAGGCAUUAAGGAAGCUGAAAAGAAGAUAGAGAAACUGAUGACAAUCCCACCAGAGCAGCAAGCAGAGGCUAAAGAACUGGCUGCAGCCCUCACAGAAGUGAAAAAUGCUACCAUGCAAGAAACCCAGGAAGUGAAUGCCCUUAAUGAACAGGUUGCAGAGUGCAAAAGAGAAAUCGCAGAACGGUCACAGAAACUGAGCCAGAGGAAGCUAGAUGUGGCCACUCACAAAGACGAAAUAGCCAAACUUAAGUCUCAGAUUGUUGAGUCUCCUGAGGAGCUCAAGAAUGAGAUGGAGAAGAUGAAAGAGAGCAUAAAGAAUAUCAAGAUCUCAAAAGAGCUGGCAGAUGAGACGCUGGUGGAGCUGCAGAUUAAGGUGCAGUGUGCUAGCCAAGGCGAAGCAGAGAUUCAAGUAAUACUGAAACAGCUGCAUGACCUGCAGGCCAGCAUGUGCAAGACUAACCAACAGAAGGAAGAGGUCCAGAAUCUGGUGGCUCUCUACGAGUCCCUGCAGAAGGAGCUAAAGGGCCUGAGCAAUGAAGAGGGCCAGCUAAAGAGAGGUCUCGCCAUGAAACAAGACAAACAGUCCAAGCAGCAGAUUCGUCAUCAGAAAAAGAAGGAGCUCAAGGACCAGCAUGUCCAAAAUAUACUUGGGCAAUAUGACAAAGUUCAUGAAAAACGUGAGGAAAUCGUGGAUCGGAUAAAAACCAUCACCCGAGAGACCACGCAGUUCAAGGCAAAAAUGCAGAAGCUCCGAGAUACCUGCAACCAGAACAGUGAAAAAGCUCAGGCCAUCUACGACCGGCUGCUCACCACGCUGGAGCAGUACCACAAACGUCUUGAAAAUCUAGUGAUGGAGGGCAGUGCUGACAUCAUGAAGAUGAAAACUAAUUUCUAAACCACUUUUGGCAAAUGGUCUUUUGUCUCUGUACCUUUUUCAAAUGUUUGUCAUAUGUAAAUUUUUGUCUUUUGCCAGGAAUAAAAUUAAAUAAACUGUCACUUUUGGUACAUAACACCACUAACUUUUUAGUGAUUAAGCUCAUGGUGGUGCAGUGGGUAUAGCUUUGCUGCCUCACAGCUCUAGGGUUCUGGGUUUGAUCCAUGAGUUUCCUUCAGGAUCUGUGAUGUCCUCGUACUGUCCACAGAAUGCAGUCAUGUGGAUUGGCUAUGCUAAAUUCCCCCUAGGUGUGAAUGCGUGUAUGCAUGGUGCUCUGUGAUGAACUGGCAUCCCAUCCGGGGUAAAUUCUCCUGCCUUUAGCCCUGUGUUACCGGUUUAGGCUUCAGAUUCACCAUGAACCUGAUC